AUGGGCCCAAUGGUUCCUGUGGAGUGGGGAGCUGGGCCAUGCUCUGCCCUGCGUAUCCCAGCCUGGGCUGAGCCCUGGUGUUACCAUAUUCCUGGCCCCAGCCGUACUCUUGUUCUGGCCCUGACCUUGCCCUGGCCCUCUCCUGGCCCUUCCUUGGUCGUGCCCUGCCCUUCCAUGCCCUGGCCUUGCCCUUACCCUGCAUUGGCCCUGCACUGUUCCUGCCCUUCCCUGGUACUGCCUUGGCCCCAGCCCUGCCUUCUCCCUGGCCUUGCCCUUGCCCUGCCCUGGCCUGACCCCAGGCCUACCGAGUCCAUGAAAUGGCACUGGACCUGCCUUGCCAUGUUGUGUCCUGGCCCUAUAUUGUCCCCACCAUGCUCUGGUCCAGCGCUUGCCCUGGCCCUGUUGCUAGUCCUGCCACUGCUAUGGCCCUGCCCUGUUUUUGGCCAUUCGCUGUGCUACCCCAGCCCUGCCCUGCCUUGGCCUUGGCCCUACCAUGGCCUUCUCCUACCCUGGCCUGGCCCUACCCUGGUCUUUUCUACCCUGGCUUUGCCCUUCCCUGGCCCUGCCCUACCCUGGCCUUGCCCUGCCCUGGCCCUGCCUUUGGCCUGCCCUGGCUCUGGUUCUGCUCUGGCCCUGGCCUUGGUCCUGUCGUUUCCCUGGCUGUGA